UUCCAUCCCCACACCACACCUCGGAAGUCGAGUUGCUCUCACCACCCAGCACAAAAGGCACCCUCCCCCAUCGUCGCCUCCGCCAGCCUUCUCCCUCCCUCAGACCGUCGCACACUCCCAAGAACCCACGAGCUCCAAAGCAGCUCGCUAGCUCCCAUGGGGCGCGGCCGUCCCAAGAGGCGCCCUCCGAAUCCCUCCGAGUCGUCGGAGGACGAGGCGUUCAUGAUGCCGAUCGGCGCGGCGGUGGAGGUGCGCAGAGACGACCCCGGUUUCGCCGGCUCCUUCUACGAGGCCACCGUCGCCAGUCACCUGCUCUCAGACGGCGGCCACGGGCGCUACACGGUGUCCUAUUCCACGCUCCUGGGCGAGGAGGCUGAGCCGCUCAGGGAGACCGCAGCCGCCGCCAACGUGCGGCCGCGGCCGCCGCCCGAGGAAAGGGAGUUCGUGAUUCACGAGAUGGUGGAGGCGUUCCACAGCGACGGGUGGUGGGCCGGCGUAGUCGCCGCCGUUGUCCCGCCAACGGUGACGGGAGAUCGCCGGCGGAGGGCGUACAGGGUCACGUUCCCCACGUUGCGGGAGACGCUGCAGUUCGAGGAGACGGAUCUGCGGCCGCACCGCGUGUUCCAGUGUGGGCGGUGGGUCCCGGCUGCAGAGGUGGGCAAGGGAAGUCCUUUGUUCAGUGAGGGGAAUCAAGUUGAAGUGAGUCAUUUUGCAAGAAACUUUAGUGGAUCCUGGAAUCCAGCUACUGUUCUUAAAGUGAUUGGUGCUACACAUUUUCUAGUACAGUACAUGCAUAUUGGGAAGGAUGAUGAAUCGGCCACUGAGAUUCUAGAUUCACAAUAUAUCCGGCCAUCACGCGACAUCACCAAUAUGGAUUCUAGGUACAGAUUUUCUCCUGCAUCUCAUGUUGAGGUCCUUCAUGAAGGUGGCUGGCGGCCUGCUAUUAUUGUGAAGGUUUUAGGUUCUGAAAUCAACAAGAAGUAUGUAGUGAACUUGAAGAAUCCCAAGACAGACAUGGAUGACGUGGAACCUGUGGAUGUUCUGACGGUGGAAAGUACGCAGCUACGGCCACGGUUUGACUGGGAUGGUAAAAAAUGGGUACGCUGCUUGAAAAAGCCUUCGCUCCAAACUUAUGUCCAUGAGAUGCAUCCAUUCCAGAAACCUUGUAAUGGUCCUCGAUUAACUUCUCGAAAAAGGCCAAUUCCCGCCUUCUAUGAUGACUCGGAUAAAGUAAGUAAUAAACCUGGUUCUCGUCGUGACAAAAAGUUGAAGGAUGAAGAUGUGACAUCAGAACAAAUUUCUCCUGUUUUGUCCAUUCGUAAGGAAAACAAUGAAAUUAUUCAUAAGCAAGGAAAUGCAGCAGUGGCAUUGAGAUCUGGGUUGUCCCUUACUUCACUGCCACAAAUGGUGGCAUUUGGCUCUCUGAGUUCAUCUACACUUGCUCCAGGCUGUCAUCUUGAACAAUCAUCUUCUCAGAUGAUUAUCGUACCCUCUAUGGCACAAAAUCGACAGAUUCAGGCUUCUCUGUUUGAAGGUUUUGGUGAACCAAGACCUGUCCCACAGGGCCCACUAUUAGGAACGCGAUCACUUGGCUCAGAUUUUCGCAUCAUUGAAGGGUCAAAAAAUGUAUUAAGCGGUCAGGAUAAGCAAUCAACUGUUGGAACUGGGACUGAACUGUCCAGGCAAAUGGAGAAAGGUGUUUCUUCUCAAACAACAGUGGUUCUAGGGGAGAACCCUGAAACUAUACAGCCAAUGAAAGGGAUAACUGCUCCUGCUAAAGCUACUGAGGAAGACAUGGCAGAACUGCCUAAUGAUGUGACUGCUGGGUGUGAAACACUUCCAGAAAUGGAUGAACUGAGUUGUAUUGACCCGACAUCACGAAAGGACACCGGAGGUUCAGAAGCAGGUAAUGGAAGAAAUGAUCUUGAGCAAGAGGGCUACACAGGUGAAGCACAUGAUUCUUGCUGUCCCUUGUUGUCGGAAUCAGCAGCUGUGCAUGAGAGUAUCAUGGACACGAAUGGCCGGGUUUCAGAAGCUUUGGCAUGCCAGCAUCUUCCAUUUGUGAAGACCUCCCCAAUGUGGGCACACCUUGAGGGACUGGAAAUAUUCAGGAAAGCACCACAGCGACCAAAUUUCCAUCAGUUCGAGCAGCAUGGUCAAGAGAUCUGUGAAGGACUGGCAUUAGGUUUGAUGCUCUCUUUUGCUAUUUUAGCAGAAAGCAUAAACAGGCUGAAUGCUCUGGACGAUAGUAGACUACUCGAGCAGAAGAUGACGGGCCUUGCUUUGCUUGAGGCAGAUGGUUUUGAUGUCAAGGACCUGAGAUCACGCGUGGAAACUUUACUCCACGCAAAAAAUAGUUGCGUUGAACCACAGGAUUCCAUGAUAAAGCUGGAGGAGAAGAUUGCUCACAAAGAAACCAAGGACCAAGAACUUGGCACGCAAGUUCGGUCGCUGGCUAUGGCUGUCCAUCAUCACGAUCUACAUGCCUAUCUCAUGCGCAACGUCAUGCGGUCUACCAUCACACAGAAGAUGAACAAUGCUAUGGAGAUCUCAAGGCUCAAGACAGAAGCGAACAAGCUUAAGAGAUCGUGUCUAUCCAAAUCACCGUCGCCGUGCCACGGUGAGUUUGGAGGUGAGCAAGUCAGCACGUCUUGAAUAGGUAGUUAUCAGUGGUAAGUGGUGGAGAGCGCCAUGCUAGAUGUUGUGUAGAUAGUUCGUAAUGCUAUCCUAGAGCUUGCCGUGCCGAGAGCGAGUCUUUUGUGUAUGGGCUGUAUAUGUGGUUACUCUGGUAUGUUGCAGCCCUCUGAAAAAUAGAUGUUGUAAAAUAGAUGUUGUGUAGAUAGUCCGCAAUGCUAUCCUGGAGUUCGCCGUACUGGGGUGAGUCUAAUGUGUACGGGAUCAUGUAUAUGUUGUUACUCGGGUAUGUUACAGCCCUUUGUAAAAUAGCAUGUAAGUUGAACCUGGAGGUUAGUGAUGUAUUCUGUGUGUUCA